GCGUUGACAUAUUGACAUAUGAAAGAUUAAGUCAAAAUUAAAAAGAUGACUGGUUAAUUUUUCAACAGAAGGGAUAUACAUACUUUGUUUUUAAUAAGUAGAACAAAUAAGUGUAAAAUGGGACAAAAUCAAUCUGGACCAGGAGGUGGUGACAAGAAGGAAGAAAAGGAUAAAAAGAAAAAGUAUGAGCCCCCCAUUCCCACUCGUGUUGGAAAAAAGAAAAGGCGUACUAAGGGACCCGACACAGCUUUAAAACUACCAGCGGUUACUCCCCAUACAAGAUGCCGGUUGAAACUAUUGAAGUUGGAAAGAAUAAAGGAUUAUUUGCUUAUGGAAGAAGAAUUCAUUCGAAACCAAGAAAGGCUGAAACCACAGGAAGAAAAAAAUGAGGAGGAGAGAUCCAAGGUUGAUGAUCUUAGAGGAACUCCCAUGUCUGUUGGUACCUUAGAAGAAAUCAUUGAUGAUAACCAUGCAAUUGUUUCCACAUCAGUAGGUAGUGAACAUUAUGUUAGCAUUUUGUCCUUUGUUGACAAGGAUCAACUUGAACCAGGAUGUUCAGUACUACUGAACCAUAAGGUGCAUGCAGUUGUAGGUGUUUUAGGGGAUGAUACUGACCCAAUGGUAACAGUAAUGAAGCUUGAAAAAGCUCCUCAAGAAACCUACGCUGAUAUUGGUGGUCUGGAUACACAGAUUCAAGAAAUUAAAGAAUCUGUUGAAUUACCUCUUACCCAUCCUGAGUAUUAUGAAGAAAUGGGUAUUAAGCCACCUAAAGGUGUUAUCCUUUAUGGCCCUCCAGGUACUGGAAAAACUCUUCUGGCAAAAGCUGUGGCUAACCAGACAUCUGCAACAUUUUUGAGAGUUGUUGGUUCAGAACUCAUACAAAAAUAUUUGGGUGAUGGACCUAAACUAGUCAGAGAAUUAUUUAGGGUAGCUGAAGAGCAUGCUCCUUCCAUUGUAUUUAUAGAUGAAAUUGAUGCUGUUGGUACUAAGAGGUAUGAUUCUAAUUCUGGUGGUGAAAGGGAAAUUCAGAGAACUAUGUUAGAGUUAUUGAAUCAGUUAGAUGGAUUUGAUUCAAGGGGUGAUGUAAAGGUUAUAAUGGCUACCAACCGUAUAGAAACUCUAGAUCCUGCUCUUAUCAGACCUGGUCGUAUCGAUAGAAAAAUCGAAUUCCCCCUCCCUGAUGAAAAGACAAAGAAACGCAUUUUCAACAUUCACACUUCUAGGAUGACCUUGGCUGAAGAUGUCAACUUACAGGAGCUCAUAAUGGCAAAGGAUGAUCUUUCAGGAGCGGACAUUAAGGCUAUUUGUACUGAAGCAGGUCUGAUGGCGUUGCGAGAAAGACGAAUGAAAGUGAUGAAUGAAGAUUUCAAGAAGUCCAAGGAAAGCGUGCUUUAUCGUAAGAAGGAAGGCACUCCAGAGGGACUCUAUCUUUAAAUACAUAGUUUGAGUUGCAAUUAUACGUUUUAUUUAAUUUUUUGGUAAUAAAUAAUUUCUAAUUAUU